AUGGCCGGGCCAGCGGCCGGCGGGCAUCCCGGGAGGGCGCUGCGCUCAGGACGCCCGCGGCCCCGGCCCGAGCCGCCGCAUCACCCAGCGGCCGCCGCAGAUUCCCACUUUACGGCAGGACACAGCACCACGCGGCGUCUACGUCUGCUCUGGCCCAAGCAGCACCCCCAAUCCGUGCGUGCACCCCACAAGUUGACUCCCUAUCCACCCAGGACCAGGACGGAGGAGGACUUCUCCUCCCAGAUGAAGAAGAUGGCCUUGGCCAUGGGCACGUCCCUAUCAGACAAGGACAUUGAGCUGCUGCCCACGGACAUGAGGCACCACAGGUCCUUCAACUACCUCAAGUUCUUCGAGCACAUGCGCAAGCUCCACGCCUCGGGCCAGCUGGACGACGCCAUCCACAGGGCCUUCCAGUCCCUGGACAAGGACAAGAGCGGCUUCAUUGAGUGGAACGAGAUCAAGUACAUCCUGUCCAUCAUCCCCAGCAGCGGGCCCACCGCCCCGCUGACAGACGAGGAGGCCGAGGCCAUGAUCCAGGCGGCAGACACAGACGGGGACGGCAGGAUCGACUACGAAGGUGGGGGCAGCACAGCCGGGGCACCCUCAGGACCCUCCUUCCCCUGCUAG